CGAGCUAUUUCGUCGACAAGCACAGCCCAACAUUGGGGAAGAAAGACAGAUGGGCAUGAAUCGGAGAAGGAGGGAAAAUUUGUUGAAGGAAAGAGAAGGAAAGAGAGAGAGAGAGAGAAGAAAAAAAAAUAGUGUGGAUCGUCUCCUCUUGUACUACGUGACAUAGCGAGGGGGAUAGAGAAGGGAGGAAAGAGAAACAGAGACAGACGAGUUUGGUGUAUAUACGUGAUUACGAACGACAGUCACAGUCGAGGCGGUAGAGAGGGGCCAUUGCCCCAUAUAUAAUUCUGUCCACUUGGAGUAUUUUUUUUUUUCGCUCAUUUGAUUAUCACUGGUAUAUUCACACUCGGGAAUAUUCAAAAUUCCGGUUGAUUGUGAGGGAAAUUGAGAUUAGAAAUUUUUUUUUGGGAAAUUAGUGGGCGUAGAAAUUAUGAGUUUUACCUGUGUUCGAAUUGUCAAAUUCAAUAUCUUUCAGUACUGAGGAGAUUUUAAUGGAACCUAACGACCUGGGAAAUGAACGUAAAUCGAUAAAUCUUCAUUACGUGAACAUGAGAGCUAGUGAUAUUGAAAAUACGUUAUUGGGCGGUGCCUGCUUCAGUCAUGGCCCAUACACAUUUUACAAAGCAGUGAGAAUCGGCAAUGGACGUGUCCUACGACUCGGUAGUUUCUUUCUAACAAAAUUAUGGACCGACGCCGAUUUAGUUAGUAUCGGUGAAUUACAACUGCUGUGGAUAGAUAGUAGGGGCUCAAAUCAGCCAUUAGCAUCGUUGAGGCUCUACUUCCUGCCUGAAAAUACUCCGGAUGGACGACGUGAUACUCACGGUGAAGACGAAGUUCUAACAAUAUCCGAAAAAGUAGUAGUUCGAGUCCACGACCUUGUGACAUGGUUGGCCCCAUCCCUAGAAUGGUCAUGGGGACGGGAGGUAUCCUUUCCAACGAGUUCCAGUGUAUCAGGGGAAAAAAUAGACGAAAAAUUUCAACCGCAGCCACAAGUGUUGACCGAUCCUGGUAUAGAUUUUUCGGACGUUGAGAAACAACAGAAGGACAUCGAGAGCAGCGUAAAUAAUGGUAAAAAGAGUGAGGAGAUUAUACAAACGAGAGUCGUGGUGCUGUCCUAUCCCAGGUACUGCAGGUACCGAGCACUAUUGAGAAGGCUUGAGGGUGCUGAGCCGGCCUGGCUCUACUCAUCCAUCGCCGCAGCACUGGGAGGCUUUACAGCAUUACCUGGUACCCGAGUGCUAUUUUGCAGGGACACCUUCGAUUAUCCCGAUUUGGAGACCCACGAAUUACUGUGCAAUCAUCUAGCUCCCAAAUUGAAAGGUCGACCUCGAAGGAAACGUAAAAAGCGCAGUGCUUCACCAGGCGAAUCAAGCAAUGAAAGUGAGGCCUCGGUUGCUUCGACUUCACGAAGUACAACGUCAAAUUCAAACAUGUUGGCCAAAGGACCCUCUAAUACCGUUCGGCGAAGUGAGCGGAAGGCCAGCGUCGAGGAGAAAAAAUUUCUCGCUGAUGUACAGAACUUCAUGAGCUCACGUGGAACCCCAGUUACAAAAAUGCCAUUGCUCGGAUACAGACAGAUUGAUUUGUACGUAUUCUAUACAAAAGUCCAGAAACUGGGUGGUUACGAUUCAGUGAGUGCCGGACGUUUGUGGAAAUCUAUUUAUGACGAUAUGGGUGGUCAUACUGGAUCAACAAGUGCAGCGACAAUAACACGUCGACAUUAUGAAAGGCUUCUUCUACCCUACGAGAGACAUCAGAAAGGUUCGGAGACAAAAGUAAGGCCAGCCGGUAGAAGAACUAAAUCAACAUCGGACGAGCCAAUCAUUAUAAAAACCGAAGCAACCCCUUCUCCUCCACGCACCCCUUCCUCAACGCCACCAAUGCAAAAGCUCUUCACAACAACGUCACACUUGCCAGACAGUGACAAACCAAAGACUGAGGUUAAGACUUCUUCCUUACGUAGUGUUCGAGUGAAACCAGAACGCCUAAAAUCUCUCAACACAAUAAUAUCGUCGAUGCCCUCAUCGAAUCCCCCAACACCUCCACCCUCAUCGAAUGCCUCAAAUACCUCAUCGACUAGUAUAACACCAUCAACAACCCCAACGGAGAGUCAAAGUGUUUUAGAAAGACAAUUGAAUAGCCCACUCAUUAACAAUCAACAAUCACCCCCAACGCCACCAGCUCAAGGCCACCAAAUUACUCAGAAUCCAAGUACAGUGGUGACCCUGACCCCACCACCAGAGAAGGAUCUCAAGGAAUUAAAAUUGGAGACUCAAAAUUCAAAACAAACGACUUUGAUGGCUCAAGGUAAAGAGAACAUUCCUCUCUUCGGUGAGAGAGCCCAAUUUAUCACAACAGAGAGAAUCAAUCCUCCAAAAUCACCAGAAGUCAUUGAUCUGGAACUGGAGAGUGAUUCGAGUCGUGAUAAAAUUAUUAUUCCAUCCUUCAAGAAGAGAAAACUAGAGAUAUUGAGGGAGGGUGGAUUGGAGGUGACAGCCGUUGAAUUGGAUUCAAGGCCGAGUGUGAUUCAGGCAACGAUAACACCGGUAACAGUGCCCAUAAUCCCAAAACGAGAUGACGAUAUAUGCUCCUCUCCAACGAGACUGAGUAACAGUACUGUACCAAAGUUGAUUUCCGUAACAGUGACACCUGACAUUGGUCACAUGCUACCAUCACCCGGUGACAACGAGCCUCAGGUGCGUUCUUCAAAGACUCAUAACAAUAAUAAUUCAAGUGUCAGUAAUAACAACAGAGUUAUUAACCUUGGAGCAUCCAAUAAUUCAAAUCUUCUUCAGCUUUACGCUAGUUCUGGCUCAGUACCAACGUCUCCAAUAUCUCCAGGGAGGUACAACAGUUCUGGUGAGAGAAUUUUACCCCCAAAGGUCACACAGUCCAAGUCAAUAUUCGGUUACACCGAGCGAAUGGUUUAUGGAAAUCCAAAGGACGUUUUGGCCCAUCAGAAAUAUCAGCAGACAGCUGUUGUUCCACCUCCAACAACGAUUAUAAAUCAUGCUGGUGGUGUGUUAGAUCUCACUGCCAAACAGUUGGACAAAAGUCAGUCCUUUAAUCGGCCAAAUUUGGAGAUUGUUCGUGUACCAGUUGUCCCCAGACCAAAUCCUAUGAAUUUGGAGCUCAAGUCUGUGACGAUUAAAGAGAAAAUUGUCGAUUCAUCGAGAAAGAGUCCCUUCAACUAUCCAAUGCUCGACAGUCGUACAAUGGCAUCUAACAAUCUCGAAAUAACUCUGGUGAGUCCAAAAACCAAGCCACAAGCACAAUUACCUAGUCCAGUGAGAAAUGGCAAUUCCAUUUCAACCGUAAAUAAUGUUAACUUGAAUCUGCAAAAUCAGAGGAUGAGAAUGCAGAAUGGAAAAUUAUCGGUAAGACCGGUUGAUGGUGUCUCUCCAUACACAUCAAGGAAGCCACCUCAACAGGUUAUUCCAAAUAUUCCAAAUCUCAAUCAUCUCACCACCUAUCCACUGAGAGGAACAAAUUCUCAUCAGAUAGCUGCUGAAAAAAGGAAAAAUGACACGAGAGAGCAACAAUUGAGCAUUGAAAAUGCCCAAAAAGCCCAACGACAGGAUCGACGACACAGUAUGCCAAAUAUAUCAUCUGGAUUUCCUCCAAGUGUUUCCCAUAAUUCUGGUUACGUUAAUCAACUGCCAAAUGCUGGAAAGUAUCUGCCAGGGGGUAUGGGUAUGCUGGAUCCUGUUUAUUACUCAGCCAUCUGCAGUGGACUCUUUCCACCACCAAUGUCACCAGCUAGUCCCUACCUACCGCCUGAGUUCAAUGCUUAUUACAAGGAACUACUUGGAGGACAGGCAAGGGUAACAGCCAUGGGACAGCCCACUAUUCCCACCUCCAAAUAAACCAGUUGAGGAAUAAAUCCAGAGGGCAAUGUAUUAUGUGCAAUCAGAACUCUCAGAUUGUCCAUGGGAGUUCGUAAAAGUGGAUUGAAAUUCACAAAUCCACAUUCAAAAAGGCAUCAUGAAAUAUUCAUUUCCUUCAUCUUCAAGACUCGAUUUUCUAUUGUUCAAUUUAAAUAUUUUUACAAAUUCAUUAUAUUUUAAUCAAUCAACCAUCGUGUUCUCCUGAUGAUUCACUCUGGUUUACAAGAUUGGCAUUAUAUUGUGCACGAUGGACUAUUCAUUAUCAUUUACAUAAUACGAACAAUGCGAUUUUUCAAGGUUGAAAAUACUUCAGAAUCUGUUAGAGCAGAGUGAUUAUUCAAUUGAUACCAAACACUAAAAAAAAAGAGGACAAAAAGCAUGUCGUUACGAAAAUGUGCAGAUGCACUGAGUUUUUAUGAGGAUAAUUCAUGAUUUUUCAUCCUUGCCUUCUUAUGCGAGCCUGUGAUUGGCGAAUUGAGGAGACGAGAACUCUCAAUGUCCUCCUCACUCCGCAUUUUUCCCCCCCCCCUCGUUCCUAUUCUUUGAAAUAAUAUUUUUCUUUUGUUACUAUUAUUGAAGGAUAUUCUGUUUGCGUGUAUUUUUUAACGAAUGAGAUGAAAAAACAAUCCGACUGGAUGUUUACGUACCAAAAGAUGUAAAUAAAACUGUAGGCGAACGGUAUGAAAAUGUUGAAUAAACAAAAUUUUAGAUUAUAACUGGUACAAAAGGGCGAUGUAACUGUGCAUUUUUCAAUACACUGUAGAAGGGUAAUUGUCUUGCGACACACGAGUGAAGGACUCAGUGAUGUUUUUUUUUUUUUCAUAAAGUAUUUUUUGGACAAAAAAUUAUUAUUUCAACUACCCAGUAAAUUAGUUUUCCUUCUCUCGUGUACAUGAAAAGCCUAGAACCCUCAGAAUGCACUCAAUGUUCCCUAUGCAAUCGUGGAAAUCAUCGUUGAAACCCAGUAAAAACGAGUCUCCAAGCGAGUGAAAAAUAAUUACUGUUCAAUUUUGUGUUUUGUUUAAGAAAAAAAAACAACACUUGUCAGUUUGCACGCAAGCAACGCAAUAGUGGGAGGAAAAGAAGAAAACAGCAAUGUACAUACUGUAUAUAUCAUCAUCCAACCAAUAUAAGUGGAUUAGUUAGAAGAAAAACCAACUACAAGCCUGUACUUGGAUAAAAAAAAAACGAUUGCAAAAUUAAAACUAGUAUAGAGAAGUGUACAGAAUGUUUGACCGAGUGUAGCGCGCGCCUCUGCAUCGUAGAAGUAUUUUCUAGGAAAUUACCGAUUAAAAAACCGUCCACAAGAACGAAAAAAAUCCCUUUCGGUUCGGUUUAUGUGGAAAAUUAUUUUACCAAUAACAUGGAAAUUUUUUUUUUUUGUGAUUUAUAGUGUUUUCUAUAAUGUUUCAUUUUUAUAUUAAUAGAAAGCAUAAGGAAAUGGGUGAUCGUCGACGCGCGCUGCCAAAAUGUUCAUGAAUCUUAGACAUAUUAGCGAAUAUGGUCGUUUUAGGAUACUCUUAUCGACAAGAACUCGUGGAGAGCACGUGAGAAAAUCACACAAGUAAACUUGGAAAAGUACAUAAAUGAAUAAAAGUUGUUCAUUGAA